AUGUGCCCUAAAAUAGAGAAAAAGGACAAGGACAGUAAAGUUGAUUCUAAACCAAAAGAUUCUGAGAAAACGAAUAGUGAUUGCAAUCUGGCAAACGUCUCGAGUGAUCCGGAAGUGUUAAUGCAAACGUUGUGUGUGAAAUUGCGGAAUGAAAACAAGGAAAUUAUUGUUCGCGCAAUUAUCGAUACCGGAUCUCAGAAAUCUUACAUCACCAAGGAAGCGGCUGAGCACCUAGAUUACGAGCCAAUUGCCGAGCAGACGAUGACACACUCCCUUUUCGGUGGACAAAAAUCGGACGCGGUGCGACAUAAAAAAUAUCGGAUUUGCUUGAGCAGUCGAGACAAUAAUUAUCGCUGUAAUUUCGUCGCGCUGGACCAAGCUGUGAUUUGUGAGAGAGUACCGCUAAUAAAAAUCGGAGAGUGGGAUCGGAAGCUGAAAAAAUUCGACAUCAAUGUAAGUGAUCGGCAUAGCAAGAGAGAGUCGAUUUCAGUACUUAUCGGUGCCGACGUGGCCGGCAAGUUGUAUACGGGCCGUAUACACGUACUGAAAAACGGCUUAGUCGCAAUAGAAACGUAUCUUGGUUGGACAGUUAUGGGUAAGGUUCCCGAAGUCGAAACAAAGGAGAAUGCCGCGAUGACUGCUAUAUCGCUGUUUGUAAACAAAGACGAGAUCGCGGACAUAUGGUCGUUAGACAUUCUGGGAAUACGUGAUCCAAUCAAGACGAAAACACGGAAGGAAAGAGAUGUCGAGAUGCAAGAAGCUUUUCUGAAAACCGUGCGAGUUAACGAAGAGGGGCGAUACGAGAUACAAUUGCCGUGGUUGCCGAAUCACCCUGCUUUGCCACAUAAUAAGGAGACGGCUAUGUAUCGGUUGCAGUCUACGGUAUGGAAAUUGAAGGCCGAGGAUUUGUAUGCUGAUUAUGAUGCAGUUUUUGGCGAAUGGCUUGCUGAGGGGAUCAUCGAGCGUGUCCCGGUGCAGGAGGAGAAUGAUUGGGGCUAUUAUCUACCUCAUCGUCACGUGGUGAAGGAGGGCAGUACGACGAGAAUUCGACCAGUAUUCGACGCAUCAGCCAAAGAGAGGACGUCGCCGUCGCUCAACGAGUGCCUACAUAAGGGCCCAAAUUUGAUAGAAUUGAUCGCGUCUAUUCUUCUGCGCUUCAGAGAAAAUAAAAUCGGUGUCGUAGCGGACAUUAAAAAGGCUUUUUUUACAAAUCAGUAUCGAUAA